AUGCCUGCUACUACAGCAGAAACCCUCUCCCUCGUUUCGAGAACUGUAUCGGUUGCGCCGCUGGUGUUACUUUCAGCAGCAGAUCAUUAUGGACGGUCAGAAAGUAAAGGCACGCGCAGAGUGGUUGGAGUUCUGUUAGGACAGAAUGAAGGAAAGAAUGUACGAGUAUCAAACAGUUUUGCUGUUCCAUUCGAAGAAGACGAGAAAGACCCAUCAGUAUGGUUUUUGGACCACAACUACGUCGAAUCGAUGAAUGAUAUGUUCAAGAAGAUCAAUGCAAAGGAGAAGCUGAUAGGAUGGUAUCAUUCUGGGCCUAAGCUCAGAGCUUCGGAUUUGGAGGUCAAUGAGUUGUUCAAAAGAUAUACACCCAACCCAUUACUUGUGAUUAUCAAUUGUCAACCAACGGACAGCGGCGUACCGACAGAUGCCUACUUUGCGGUAGAGGAGAUUAAAGAUGACGGCACAACUACCUCUAAGACUUUCGUACAUACACCAACGAUCAUCGAGGCUGAGGAGGCUGAAGAAAUCGGAGUUGAACAUUUACUUAGAGAUAUUAGAGAUGUGGCGGUUGGUACACUUUCAACACGAAUCACAAGCCAAGUGCAAUCAUUGCAAGGACUACACGCACGAUUACGAGAUAUUGGUCAAUAUCUACAAAACGUCCUCGACGGAACUCUACCAGUCAACCACGCCAUUCUAGGCAACCUUCAAGAUGUUUUCAACCUCCUCCCUAAUUUAUCUACACCCAAAGCCUCCUCUCACAUUCCCAAUGGCGCCGAUGCACCUGUUGAGAAUAACAGCGAACUAGCACAUGCCAUGAGCAUAAAGACCAACGAUCAAUUGAUGGCUAUCUACUUAAGUAGUUUGAUCCGCGCCAUUACCGCCUUCCACGACCUUAUCGAAAACAAAAUCCAAAAUAGACAACAACAAGAGGAGAAAGAUGCCAAAAAGGAUGAAGCCAAAGAUGAGAAGGACAAGAAGACUGAGGGAACUAAUGGUGUGAAUGGGGAUGCUAAGGAGGGUAAGGAAGCGGAAAAGGAGAAAGAGGAUAAGGAAAAGAAGAAGUGA